AUGUCUACCCCUAGAAACAUCAAUGUUAAAACAUCCUCAGAUGAAAAUGAUUGCUGGAUAACUGGUAUAACUGUAUCUCCUCAGAACCAAUUAUUUGUAGCAGAUUACAAUAAUCUAUCAAUUAAAAUGAUAGACACAAACAGUGGAACAAUUAAACAACAACAGCUUGAAUCAAACCCCUGGGAUAUCACCAUAAUGACCAGAGAUACACUUGCUGUUACAAUACCAGACAUUGAAACAAUACAGUUCAUUUCCUUCUCCUCAAACUCUUUCUCAUUGAAACACAAACUGAAAGUAGAUGGACAGUGCCAUGGAAUAAGCCAUCAUCAGGGGAAACUUGCCGUCACCUUCUUAUUUCCUGAUAAACUCCAAAUCAUAGACUUGAAAGGUAAUAUUCAAAUUACAGUUGAGAAAGAUUCCGAUGGUGACAGUAUUUUCAGUGACUCUUGUUAUGUUACCACAAACAGCCAUUCAAUCUAUGUAUCUGAAAGCGUCAAGAAUGCAGUUAUAUGGUUUAACUGGCAGGGAGAGAUGAUAGGAAGAUAUGUAACCACUGGGCGACCAUAUGGUAUUUCACUGUUAGAUGACGGGUCCAUCUUUGUGAGUGAUAACAAGGCUGAAUGUAUAUAUAGAGUGAGUGGUGAUUGUAAAGACAGGACAAUUAUACUGGAGAAUGUAGAUGGUCAUCGAGCUGUAUGUUGGAGUGCUGAGACCAGUACACUUUAUUUAAGUACAGACAGCGACAAUACAGAGAGUAACAAUAUUAUCAAAAUGUAUAAAAUGAUGUAG